ACCGCAGCAGAAGCUGGGAGGAGUAACACGCGUGCGCAGAAAGUGGCUGGGAGUGUUUUGUGCGCAACCGUGCUGAGUUGGUAUUUAGCUUACUACAGUGACUGGGAGGAAAGUUCUCGAAAAGCUGCUGUCGGUGCAGGAGCACAAUGAAUAGAGAGGAAUCUGAGAAAGCGCAAAUCCAGGAAUUUCCACUAUUUUAUUUAAAGAAUAGAUCUGUUUAACCUGUCUCUAAGUGCUUCCUUCGACUAAUACUAAAUUUUGGAUAUUAUGAACGAUAUGGGAAGAUUUUAGAUGGCUUGAACGCCGAAAUGACCGAUAUGAGGAAAUACAACUUUCAAAAAACUUGUUACCAAUAACUUUUUCUUAUCAGAAAGCUGCUGUGUGUUCGUUCAGAAUGGGGUUUUCUUACAGGAAUAUCGUCAUUCCACCAUUCUCAGCCCUCUUUGUCCCUGUCUUUGCUCCCCUCCCCCUCUCCUUUUCCACUCUGGCGCCAUUUUAAGGUGAUGGAAAGUUCUGGAGAGUCCGCCAUUUUGUGGCAAGCAGUAAUCUGCCCUAACAGGGAGUGCUGCGUAUACACACUGCUGGAAUACCAGAGAUGUAGACUACCUUGUGGCUUAAAAUAGAGGAAUAACAAGCAAUUAAUAGCCCAUGCGAUCUAAAAAAUCUGGUCUUUCUUGGAAGAUGCUAUUUCGUUUAAUAAUAGCGCUAAAUAAAACUGGCUUUACGUGCAACCUAUACAGAUGAACUGAUACAAGCUCGCUUAAAAUAGUAGGAUAUGUUAAAUUUAUAUCAGAUUGGAGAGAAGGAAGGAGUUCUCUGGGGACAGAGCAACAGUUUGGUUAGUGAUGCCACUGUACAAUGCUAUAAACCAUCUCCUGAUAUUUGAGAGUCCAAUUCCAUCAUAACAGCACGGAGCAGCUCAGCAACCAAACAUAUUUCGCAGACCGUGGCCAUUUCAAAUGACAACAGAACAAAGCAAUGAUCAUGUGGUGAAGGAGGCCUAUGUAAUGUCACAGGAUUACAUUAGGUAUGUGACUGGUAGGACAUCAAAACCAGCUCCCAGCGUGGCUACAGCAGCCCUGAGACAUGCAGGCGAUGACCUCCUGGAGAAAUAUCCUAUCUUCUUCAAGCGAUGGCCCCGGAUUUUCAGGGAUGUUUGCCCUGACAAUGCCUGUGACUAUUUAUUCAGGAUGCUAGAUGAGCAUUUCCAACCAGAGAAACCCUGGCAGAAGAAAGAGCUGACCUGGAGUGGGAUCCUUUCCAUUUAUGUCCUGGCAGGGCAGCUGGCAGUAUACUGCCAGGAGAAUGGCAAGGAGUCCAUGCUAGAGGAGCUGGAAUUUAGAGUGGGACAGUACGUGGAGAGAAAAGUGUGUCCGAACAUUAGAGAAAAGGGAGGUUGGUCUGGUUUCAUAGAGCGGUACUCUAGGAAGGAGGAACCUGAACGUACUAUCAUCCGAGGUUGCUGUGGGGUGUUACUCCUGCUGGGCGCCAUGUCACUGACUUACUAUUUUUACAGGAGAAUGUUAUGCUGAUGGAAUUAGCCACAGACCUAUUGAGACAUUCACCAUCGAUCCGUUUUGCUCCAUUCUCUGCACGCCACAGCAGAUCAACCUCGGGUUGCCAUCUAUUACCAAUUUAACUAAACCUGCCUGGGGUGAGCUGUUCCAGCAUGAUACACAUGUACUCCCACACAACAUGGACACUUGAUGGCUCACACCAAAUACAUAUACGGGAGUCAUUAACUGGUUAAGUUCUCUGCUUGAUCCUGAGAGGACAUUUGAAUCAUUGGAUAAUUUAACAUCUGCUUUCUAUCAGCCUUUCCAUGUAACUAGAUUGUGGGAUAAGAAUGUUUCUUACAUUAAACAAUGACUACAAUUCAGAAGUGCUUCUUUGGCUGUAGGACAUUUUGGAUGAUACAAAUGCAAGUCUUUUUGUAGUAACUUGAUUUAACAAUAGAGAAUUCACCCCAGGUCUGAUCCAAUUCAUUAUCUCAACCAUUUAUCUGUGUAAGUUUUAGUAAUGUAAAUUCCUAUCUAUUCUUGUAUAGAGUGCAACACUGUUGGGUCUGUAACAGAUAAAAAUGAAUAAAUGAACCUUGAGAAUGCUGCAAAUAAAGAGCAUCUGAAAGAAUAGUGACAGGGUAAUGCUUAAUUGAUGGAGGAUCCCAAUAAAAACAUUAAGUUGUUUGA